AUGGCGCCCACAGCCACUCACGAGGAGAAGCAAUACCUCGAUCUCAUUCGCGAGAUCUUGGAAGAGGGCGAGCGACGGCCAGAUCGCACAGGCACCGGCACGAUAUCUAUUUUCGGAGCCCGUCUCAAGUUCAAACUCAACGACAACGGCCGCCCCGUUCUGCCCCUCCUCACGACGAAACGAGUCUUCCACCGUGCCAUCAUCCUCGAGCUCCUCUGGUUCAUCCAGGGCAACACAUCGUCGCUCGCGCUCAGCGAGCAGGGCGUCAAGAUCUGGGACGGCAACGGGUCGCGCGAGUUCCUCGACAAGCUCGGCCUGACCCAUCGCGAGGUGGGUGACCUGGGCCCCGUCUACGGGUUCCAGUGGCGGCACUUUGGGGCCGAGUACGUCGACUCCAAGACCGACUACACCGGCCAGGGCGUCGACCAGCUCGCCGAGCUCAUCCACAAACUCCGCACGAACCCUUACGACCGCCGGAUGAUCCUGUCGGCGUGGAACCCUAAGGACAUGCCCAACAUGGUGCUGCCCCCCUGCCACAUGUUUGCCCAGUUCUACGUCUCGUACCCCUCAUCAGCAUCGACGAACGGGGCUGCUGCGAAUGGAGGCGAUGCGGAGGUCAAGCCCAGGGGCCACCUGCACUGCCAGCUGUACCAGCGGUCCUGCGAUAUGGGCCUGGGCGUCCCGUUCAACAUCGCCAGCUACGCGCUGCUGACGCACAUGCUCGCACACGUCUGCGACAUGGUGCCGGGCAGUCUCACCCACGUCAUGGGCGACGCGCACGUCUACCUGGACCACGUCGACGCGCUCAGGGAGCAGCUGGAGCGAGAACCCCGGCCGUUCCCUGAGCUGGAGAUCAAGCGCGAGAAGGGGGGCGAGAUUGACGGGUGGAAAUUGGAGGAUUUCGAGAUUAAAGGAUACGAGCCGCACAAGUCAAUUCAGAUGAAAAUGUCUGUCUAG